CUGGUGUGUGUCUGCUGCAUUGUCUGCCAUGGCAUCCCACAAUGGUACCCUGGAGAAUCAGCUGCACAGCGCCCAGAAGAACCUGCUCUUCCUCCAGCAGGACCAUGCCAAAACACUGAAAGGUCUACAUGCAGAGAUCCGCAGACUACAACAGCACUGCACAGACUUGACCUAUGAGCUGACAGUGAGAAGUUCAGAUCCAACAGACAGCAGUGAGGCGCGCUGCAGGGAACUGCACAGUAAGUGCGAGGAGCUGGAGGCUCAGCUGAAGGUGAAGGAGGAGGAGAACACGGAGCUGCUUAGAGACCUGGAGCAGAAGAACGCCAUGAUCUCUGUCCUGGAGAACACCAUCAAGGAGAGGGAGAAGAAGUACCUGGAGGAGCUGAAGAUAAAGAGCCACAAGCUGGCUGUCCUGUCUGGGGAGCUAGAGCAGAGAGCCAGCACCAUCGCCUACCUCACCUCUCAGCUCCACACCACCAAGAAAAAGCUCCUGGCAGGCAGUUCCUCCGAGGCCAGUCCCAACGUCAGCCCUGUGAGCUCCUACAAGCCCACCCCUCCCCCAGCUAAAGACCGGCAGCCUGGCCCUGAGACCCCUCGCCGCCGCAUGAAGAAGAGCCUGUCUCAGCCGCUGCACUCGGAGUUAACCGAGGUGUACCGGCUGGGUUCUGAUGGGAGGAGGAUGGUCCUACGGGAGGCGGUGGAUGCAAUGCCCGACCCCACCCCCUUCCUGCAGGCAUCUCGAGACAUGCCUGAUCUGCAGAUGGUACGAGACCGGCCUGCCGUCAUACCCCCCAUCACCUGUGAUCGCUCGUCCAGCCACAGCCCGGCACGGGACCGGCAGCACCAUGCACACAUGGGCGUUGCACACCGCAUCCACCAUUGCACCCCUCCCGUGGUGCCUCCUCAGCCAGAGCUGGAGAUCCUGGCUGUGGACCAGGUCAAUGGGGGCAAGGUGGUGAGGAAGCGCUCUGGGGCAGACAGAACAGUUUAACACACUCACACACAAGAGCGAGAAGGAGCAUCACCUACUGUAUAAAUCACCUGCUUUUUAUGCAACACUGCAAUGAGCAAAGAAUGUAAAAUGGAAAACAGACAAAAAAAUACCACCAUGCCAAAUGUUUUGUUUUGAAACACAUGUGACUUACACAUCCUGUCCUUUUUU